AUGAGCCAGCCGUUGUCGCCCUCGCGCGAGGACGCUGCCAAAGCUCCAGAAAUCCACCUCCCGGAUGGCACCAUCCAACGUUCUUCUCGACCUCUCCCUGUUCCACCUCCUGCAUCGUCCUAUCGCAAUGGCCACGUCAAUUUGGAUACUUUCUCUCCCGUCAACGAAAAUGGGAGUUUCGAGUUUGAUCGAGUCCUGAAGACAGGGAAGGUGAAUCGUCGAGUUAAACACAAACAUGCAUUUAGCGCCUCCUGGAAACCAGUGUACCUCGUUCUCCGGCCGAAUCUCUUAUCAGUAUAUAAAGACGAGGAAACUACUAGGUUACGGUUGUCCAUUACUUUAUCUGAAGUCACCGCGGUUGCGUCCGUAAAAUGUCCGCGGUCGAGUCGACAGCACGUUUUUGGCAUCUACUCUCCUUCGAAAAACUAUCGAUUUCAGGCAGCAUCGGAAAAGGAAGCCGACGACUGGGUCGCGCGCAUUCGUGCCGAAACGCGCGUUAACGAAGAGGAGGAAGCUUUCCUGGCACUGUCGAGAAAAGCGAAGUCCAUGGCGGCCCAUAAUCAGCGCAUUGACGACACAACUGAUCAUUCUGAUAUGGAGCAAGCUGGUAGAGCUAGCUCACCUGAAUUGGGAAGGGCACUUUCUCCGAGCUAUCGAUCAAAGUACCUUGAUGGCCAACUGGAUGAUGUCACAUCAUUCUCGGAAUGGUCGGAUGGGCCUACAAGCAACGCUACUGUCAACCAAAGACCGAUCACCCCGAUUCAGAAUCUAUCUGUAUCUGCUCCCACUGGUGGAUACUCGCCCUUGUCGUACGAUGCAGGCCGACACAGUGAGUCGAGGGUUCUGCGCGACCCGGAAAGGGUUAUUUGUAACGGCUAUCUCCAAUGCCUCCGGAUCAAAGGAACAGUGCGGCAAUGGAAGCGUUUGUGGGUUGUCUUACGGCCCAAAAGCCUUGCUUUUUACAAAGAUGAACAGGAGUACUCUGCUGUUAAGAUUCUCCCCAUGUCGCAAGUGAUUGAUGCUGCCGAAGUCGAUCCAAUGUCUCGCUCCAAACAUUAUUGUCUGCAGAUCAUCGCAGAAGAGAAAUCCUUCCGCUUGUGCGCCCCAGAUGAAGAGUCCCUUACAAAGUGGCUAGGGUCUCUUAAGAGCAUUCUCGUUGCUCGCAAGAAACAAGAACCAGCCUCAGGACUAGGAACUGCUGCCAUGGCCGCGUGA